AUGAGCAGUGAAGCUGCCAGUGCUGAUACAGAUUCUGCUAAUAAAUAUCCUGCUGAGCUGAAGAAAAUUAUUGAUGAAGGAGGUUACACACCAGAACAAGUGUACAAUGUUGAUGAAACUGGGCUUUUCUGGAAGCGCAUGCCUGCUAGAACUUUUAUUUCCACUGAAGAAAAAUCAGCACCAGGCUUUAAAGCAUCCAAAGAUCGUUUAACACUUCUUCUAGGAGGAAGUGCUUCAGGUGACAUGAAAUUAAAGCCCCUACUUGUGUAUCACUCAGAAAAUCCAAGGGCUCUCAAGGGCUAUGCCAAGUCUAAUCUACCUGUGAUUUGGCGUUCCAAUAAGAAGGCGUGGAUGACUGUAACCCUUUUCCAAGACUGGUUCACUAACUAUUUUUGCCCUGCUGUAGAAAGAUAUAAUGCCAGGCGUAACAUAUCUAAUAAAGCAUUGCUCCUCUUAGACAAUGCACCAAGCCACCCAGUAAAUUUAAAUGAUCUUUCUGAUAAUGUGAGAGUGGAGUACAUCCCCAAGUACACAACUUCCUUGCUCCAGCCAAUGGAUCAAGGUGUGAUAGCUAACUUUAAGGCAUAUUAUCUUAGGAAAACUUUUUUGCUGCUCAUAAAAGUAAUUGAUGGGGAGGAUAAACCUACAAUUAGGGACUUCCGGAAAAAGUUCAACAUCUUGGAUGCUGUGGAUAAUAUAGCCGAGUCAUGGGAUGAAGUGAAAACCUCAGCUAUAAAUGAUUCAUGGAAAAACAUAUGGCCAGAGUGUGUCCAUGAAUUUCAUGGUUUUUCACAAGCUGAAAGUCUUCAGCAAGUUCAACAAGACAUUGUAACACUUGCAAAUAAUGUAGGCUUUGAAGGAGUCAUAGAAAAUGAUGUGGUUGAGUUGCUAGAGUCCCAUAGAGAAGAUUUGACUAAUGAAGAUCUGAUGAUGCUGGAACAAGAGCAAGCUGCAGGACAAGAAGAGGAUAUAGAAUCUCCACCCACCCCACUUCAGUUGACAACAAAGGAUAUGUCUAAAGCAUUUGCACUAAUACAGGAAGGUCUGCAAAUCUUUGCUGAUAACGACCCCAACCGUGAAAGGAACAUCAAGAUUGCAAGAGCAGUUAACAAUGCUCUCAGUUCCUACACUGAGCUGUACAAGGAGAAGGUGCGCCGUAAACAUCAAACAACUUUGGAUGAGUUAUUCAUCCUCAGAGAAAAGGUGAAAGCAGAUGAUGAUUUACAGGGCAGGGCAGAAGAGAGUAUUGCCUCUCCCUCUCCCUCCAAAUAA